AUGCUAUCAACGAUGCUACAGUGGCAACACCCGGGGAAUGCCCCGGAGACUGAGGCAACAGAGGUAGUUGAGGAACAGCACGAGCGAGAAAGUACAGGCAGUCCUCCUCUACGCGUAGAAACUUGUCAUUCGCCGUCGCUAUCACAGCUGCUCCUAGCACGCUCUGUUGGGCGUACCCCACGACUCAGAUAUUUAAUCAGCUAUUACGCCGAAGUCAUAGCGCCGAUGAUCGUUGCUUUCGACGGCCCAGCAAACCCAUUCCGCACAUAUGUUCUACGCCUUGCACAGGAGAGCUUAUCACUUCAGGAAGCCAUCGCUACGUUAUCUACAUGUAACAUACGGCAGAGGCAUGAGCGGAGGAUGAGGCCAACGGAGCGGUCCCUUCCAGCACGCUUAUCAUCGUUAGCCCAUCGCGCCUUGACUGACGAGGCGUUCCGAGAUGAAUACGGAGUGUCAAGGCCUGAGGGUUUUGCUCAAGAGGAGCAAUACCAUCGGGGCAUGGCUGUCAAAGCUUUGAAUAUGGAGUUGGCCGAUCCCCGUGAAAGACUGUCGGAUUCCGUCCUUGCAACACUGCUAGUUCUUUGCUUAUUCCACAUGUGUGAUACUGGCGUCGCUCAAUUCAAAACCCAGUUCGCUGGGGUGACGAAGUUAUUGGCUAUCCGAAUGCGCAGCUCACCCCAAAUGUCGGAGGAGUUGAAAUGGUUCGUUCGUGUGUUCACCUGGUUUGAUACGAUGACGGCUACCACCAAUGAUCGCGAAACGCAACUUCGCGGUGCUUGUUUAGAUAUUGCGGCAGUUUCAGACGGCGAGUGGGGGCUAGAGAAUCUUGCUGGUUGCGAUCCCAGUCUGUUCAAAUUCAUUGCGCAGCUCGGUCGUUUGAAUCUUUUGAGUCAAGACCAGGAAGUCAAAGCGCCGGGGCUUGCGGAUGUGUUUGUACCCUCUUCGGCGCCUCCCCCAUCGAUGACAUAUUUCUACUCGCCUUCUACGUUGAGGUCGGACAUACCUACAGUCAACCACACUUAUUCGCAUCCGCUACCCUGUCUACCACAAUCGAGCGACCCUCCGAGGCGGCCGUCAUCACCAGCGUUUUGGGCUGAGUGGUAUUCAUUACGGCAAAAGCUUGAAUCAUGGCGUCUCCCGCGCCAGGAUAGUCAACACUUUGGUGCUGCCCCUGCGACUACCACAAAUGCCUACAUCUCGCCGCCUUCAUCCCCGUCAUCUCAGGCCGUUGUUGCCCCUCAGAACCGCGAGGAUGUCUUUCAUAUCUCCGAAUCAUUCCGCCAUUCCGCCAUUCUCUAUACUGAGCGACUUGCGUAUCCAGAUCUGCCAUCCAAUCACCAUCGUAUUCAAUUACUCGUGCACCACGCGAUGCAUCAUAUCUCACUGGUCAAGUCGGACGUGUACCUAUUAUGGCCGCUUUUUAUCACUGGCGCCGAGUGUGUGCUUGAAAGACAUCGUACAUUCAUCAGAGAGCGUUGCAAGGACCUUUCCAAAGAUUCUGGAUUUCUCAAUAACCUCUCAUGUCUAGAGCUGCUCGAAAAUAUAUGGACCGAAAUCCCUACCGCGGCCGAUGUUGGCGAUAACAUUGAUCGUGCAUCACGCGGCAGAUACCCUGGCGCAUCUGAAGACGUUGUGUCAGCCUUUGAUGAUAAUUCGCCUUCCUAUAGCGGAACAUCGACGUCCGCGACCCCAGCAUCGGUUGCGAGACCGCAUGGAUUCCGAUGGCACCGGGUGAUGCAGGCUAAACGGACCGAGGGGGAAUAUAUGGUGGUGUGA